UACAUAUAUACAGCACAAUCAAUCAUUCAAGACUAUUAGGAAAAUAUGAAGGUUGCUUACUUCAUUGUUGCCAUCUUGGCUUUGACAUCCUCCGUUGUCUCAGCCUAUGACCCAAGUCCUCUGCAAGAUUUUUGCGUGGCAGUGAAAGAAACUGACGGUGUGUUUGUGAAUGGAAAGUUCUGCAAAGAUCCCAAACUUGUGAAAGCUGAAGAUUUCUUCCAACACGUUGAACCUGGAAAAACUGACAAUCCAUUGGGUUCACACGUGACUCCUGUAUUUGUUGAUCAACUUCCAGGGCUAAACACACUUGGCAUAUCUUUGGCUCGCAUAGAUUUUGCACCAAAGGGUUUAAACCCUCCUCACACUCACCCUCGUGGCACAGAAAUUCUUAUAGUCCUUGAGGGAACUCUCUACGUUGGAUUUGUGUCAUCCAAUCAAGAUGGAAAUCGUCUCUUUACUAAAGUGCUAAAUAAGGGCGAUGUGUUUGUGUUCCCAAUUGGUCUCGUUCAUUUUCAAUUGAAUGUGGGGUAUGGAAAUGCAGUUGCCAUUGCUGCUCUUAGCAGUCAAAAUCCAGGAACUAUCACUAUCGCAAAUGCUUUGUUUAAAGCUACUCCACCUAUUUCUACAGAGGUUUUAACCAAAGCUUUCCAGGUGGACAAGAAGACAAUUGAGUAUCUUCUAAAGCAAUCUUGGUAUGACAACAACAACUAAUUUCGAAGUGUCAAUUAUUUUGAUUGGAUAAGUGUCUUCAGUGUGUUUUUACCA